AUGGCAUAUACUGUCUCCAGGAUACUUGCGACAGGCAUAUAUUUUAUCAGAGACUGGGUAUUUUGUUCAGAAUCCAUCGCAAUCCUUGUAGCCGCCUUGUUUUUCUUGAACAUUUUACGUCUGCUGCGGAGUCUUUUGGUGACUUUCUGUCAAUGGAAGUACAAGAACACCGAGGUUCCCCGUCUUGGCUCGCCAGAUUCUACCGUUUAUAAGGAUAUUUUAUUUGGUAGAAGAGACAGUCGCGAUAACGAUGGCAAGGGUAUUAUCAGGACUUACUGUCAUGAGGCGAGAACUUACGACAUGGCAGCAUUUUCCAUUCAAGGUCGAAGAAAAACUAUGGAAGAUCGGUUCAAUUCGAUAACUCACGACUAUGAACAUAACCUAUCGGUGUAUGCCGUGUUUGAUGGCCAUGGCGGAGAGUUUGCUGCGGAAUACAUCGAGGACCAGUUGUUUCGUUCUUUACGUAAAGAAUUUACACAGGGAAACUUUUAUACGGACCCAGAUAUGGUGCAGCAGGUGCUUACCAGUGUGAUUCGAACAGUUGACGCCCAGUUGGUCUGUCUGUCCAGGGACAGGCUGGAUCUCUCAGGAUCAACAAGUAUCAUUGUUUUCCAGUUAGAAAAUGUGUUGACGGUGGCCAACAUUGGGGAUUCUAGAGCAGUCAUGUGUACAGUUGAGGGAAAAAUGGUUCCUUUGUCCACUGACCACAAGCCAUCUGAUCCUAAAGAACAGCAGAGGAUCGUGGAAGCUGGUGGUUUUGUCACGUUCAAUGGUGUGUGGCGUGUGGCAGGAGUUCUGGCUACCUCCCGGGCCUUUGGUGAUUACCCCCUGAAGCAGCGUAAGUUUGUGACUGUGGAGCCAGAGUUUAGUAUCUACGACCUAAGAGAGUUCAAACCCCACUUUGUCAUACUGGCCACUGAUGGACUCUGGGAUGUAUUUAGCAAUGAAGAAGCUGUGCAGUUUAUCAGUGAAAGACUUGACGAACCACAUUUUGGAGCUAAAAGUCUGGCCUUGCAAGCCUACUAUCGCGGAUCUCUCGACAACAUCACAGUAAUGGUGAUAAACUUCAAGAAGAAACGAGCUCUUCAGAAGAAGUACAACAGACAGAAAGCCAACGGGGCAUCACAGAAACUUACAGAUAACAAAAAUUCAUAG